AUGCAUAUUUUGUUAAAAAUCGGUUCAGUAUCACUAGUGCUUAUUAUGAUAGCCACAGCGAUCACACUUCCGAUAGUUAUGCAUUUCUUGCGACAGAAUAAGGAUACGGCUAUAUCGUCAAAUGAGACCACAACAACAGCAGCAGCAAGUCGUACGACAUUAAUGACUUCAAGCCAAGAACAUGGUAAUUCAACGAAUGUCACAGCCAACAUAGGCGUUAAUACAACUGCUGUUAUAGAUGAUGCUUCAAAAACACAAUCGAUAUAUUCUUCGGUUCUGAACAACGCUAGUCUGAUCUAUUGCCGCGACGAGAAUCCCUACACGUGCACAUCAUCUGCAUAUAAUUAUUAUGACAUUAUUGAAAUCAAUGUGAACACUAGUGGAAAUUAUACUAUUACGAGUAACAGUAAAUUUGAUACAUAUGGAUAUAUUUAUAACAAGACGUUCAGUCCUUUUUUCCCGUCUGUAAAUUUGGUAAAAUCAGCUGAUGAUGAAGGUGGAAAUCAUCAGUUUCUUUUCGAUAUUGAUUUACAAGCUGGAACGAUGGUUACUCUGGUGAUUACAACAUAUAGUCCAAAUACUGCCGGCGCGUUCUCAGUCAUUGUUGCUGGCCCCACAACGGUGCAGUUCUUGCAACUAAAUAUAACAGCUCCAAGGCUACCUCUGCCGUCACCAAUAAAUCUCGUAGCCUUUCGAGGUACUAAUCGGACUCUCACUUUCGGUGUAGUAGGAUCUGCCAGUGCAAAUAUAUGGGGCACAACAAUUUACACAGAUGAUUCGCCCACGGCCGUAACUUCUGUGCAUUCUGGUUUCGUCCGCGUUGGUCAAAGAUGCGUAGUCACAUUCAUGAUGCUACCUGGCCAAGAUGAGUAUAUAGGUAGUACACAAAAUGGUAUCACAUCGAGAUCAUGGAUUGCAUGGGUUGGCAGCUAUACCAUUAUCCAAUCUACUUGCAUUGAUUGA